UCCGAAGAAGUGCAUUUGUUGACGCCAUUUUCGGAUAAAUAAACCUUAAUUGACUUUAUUAAAUGGACAAAUUGAUUUAAAUUAAACAACACACAAUGGAAGAAUCCGACGUCUCCAUGGAGUACGACGGCGCCGACGUCGACGGCGUCGCCCAAGAGGAUUAUGAAGAGGACGGAGGCUUUGAAAACGACAUCGAACUCGGCGAUGAUUUCCAAAUGCGGGGCCGAGGACCUUCAGGGUUCAGGGGUCGCGGACGCGCUUGGCCGGGUCCUCCAGGUCCCCCCGGGCCUCGUGGAGAAGGACCUAGAUUUCGAGGAAGAGGUUUCGGGCCCGGUGGGCCUCCACCGUUUCGCGGACGUGGCGGACCACCUCCUCCGAUGUUUGGACGUGGGGGACCUCCUAGAAAUCCGCCUCCGGGACCGGGAUUUAAUGGACCUCCAAAUUUCAAUGGGCCUAAUUGGGGAGGACCGAUGGGGCCUCCGGGGACUAUGGGUGGACCGCCGAAUUUGAUGGGACCAAAUGGACCGCCGUUUGGACCACCGGGGAUGAUGGGAGGCCCUCCUAGUAUGAAUAACGGACCGAUGGUCACUCAGAGCGGGACAACGACCAAUGGACAGUUUCCACCUGUGUCACAAAAUCCCACAACAGGGUUAGAUGCAAAUAGUGAAAUUUGGGUAGAGACUAAAACUUCAGAAGGCAAGUCUUAUUUUUAUAAUGCUCGUACUAGAGAAACUACUUGGACUAAGCCAGAAGGUCCUAAUGUAAAAGUAAUCUCUCAGGAUCAAGUGGAAGCAAUGGCACAAGCGGCCACUACAGGUUUAGCUCAAGGGACGUCAACUGCGGCCCAGGCGGCGCUAGCGCAGGCUAACGUUUCAAACAAACCUGAAGUUGAUCCUGAGGAUGCAAUAGGAGAGCCCAAACAAACUGGAAAUACAAUGCAACAAAACAUGUUGGCGGGUCCUCCACCAGGUAUGCCUCCAUUUGGGGGUCCCCCAGGUCAAUUCGGAGCUCCUCCGUUUGGGUUGCCGCCGCCGGGAUUCCAAGGGACAUGGCCGGCUCCAGGUCAAGCAGCAUGGGCAGGGGGUCCGCCAGGGGCGGCUCCGUGGGGUAUGCCGCCAGGUCUUCUUACAGGUUUAUCAGGUGCUAUUCCGGCGAUUGACGAAGCGGCAGUCUUGGCUAAAGUCGAUCCGGAUAUCAUCGCUAAAGCUUCCGAAUGGAGUGAACACAAAGCACCCGACGGAAGGUUCUAUUAUUACAAUGCGAAAAAAGGGGAAUCGGUUUGGGAAAAACCACAAGCUCUCAAAGAUUUGGAAACUGCGAAAUUGGCUGCAACUCAAGGGAUAUCCACAAGACCGGGAACUGAAGUUAUAACUACUGUUGAAACAGGUAAGCCAAAUACUGCAGUUGUCCAAGUGGCCAAUGGGGAUGCAGCGAAAGACAGUGCCAUUAAGGAUGACGAUGAUAAAAUCAAAAAGCCUCAAGACGAGACGAAAAAGAAGAAAGAAGAAGAAGAGAAGAAAGAGGCGAAAAGUCAAGAUAAAUCACGUCCAGUUUCCAGUACUCCAGUACCAGGAACCCCAUGGUGUGUUGUGUGGACCGGCGACGGCCGAGUUUUCUUCUACAAUCCAUCAUCAAGGACUUCCGUUUGGGAGCGUCCAGAUGAACUAUUAAAACGGACAGAUGUAGACAAAAUGGUGGCUACACCUCCCGAUUCCAUUGGAUCUCAAAACAAACCAGACGCUGAGAGUCCGUCGAAAAAACGACCAUCAGAUGACAGUGACAGUGAGGAAGAAACCCCAGCUAAAAAGCCUAAAAAGGAAGAAACAACCAGUACCAAUGGUACCACUCCACAAUCGGCUCGCAAAAUCGAUAUUGGUAAAGAAGCAGCCAUUGAAGCGGAAGUACGUGCAGCUAAAGAACGUGCUAUUGUCCCACUUGAAACUCGAAUUAAAUCAUUUAAAGAAAUGUUGGCCGAGAAAAACGUUUCCGCAUUUAGUACCUGGGAAAAAGAACUCCACAAAAUUGUUUUCGAUUCACGGUAUCUCCUUUUAACGUCAAAAGAACGAAAACAAGUGUUUGAAAAGUACGUCAAAGAAAGAGCGGAAGAAGAACGGAGAGAAAAACGGAAUAAAUUGAGAGAGAAGAAAGACGCGUUUAGGAAAUUAUUAAGUGAAUCACAUCUACAUGGCAAAUCGUCGUUUAGUGACUUUGCACAGAAAUAUGCAAAGGACGAAAGGUUUAAAGGAGUGGAGAAAAUGCGCGAACGGGAAAGUCUCUUCAAUGAAUAUUUAAUUGAAGUAAGAAAACGUGAAAAAGAAGAAAAGAAUCAGCGACGAGAACAGGUAAAGAAAGAUUUCUUUGCGAUGCUUCGCGAACACUCAGAUAUCGACCGUCAUUCCCAUUGGGCCGAUGUGAAACGUAAAGUUGACUCAGACGCCCGGUACAAAGCGGUUGAUUCGUCUGGACAACGCGAAGAUUGGUUCAGAGAAUAUUGCAAGAUACUUAAAGAAGAGAAAAAGAAAGCGAAGGAAAAAGAUCGUGAGCAUAAACGUGAUAAAGAGAAGCAUAAGAAGAAGGAUAAAGAUAAGGAUAAGGAACGUCAUUCGAAAGACGAUAAAGAGAAAGAUAAAGAAAAGGAUAAAGAUAAAUCAAAAAAAGAAGAAGACGAGGAAGCGUCAAAUAAAGAAGUUGAAGAGACCGAACCGGAAGAAACUGACGAUGAAAAAGCUCAAGAACAAAGAGAUAAAGAUAGACAAGCCAGGGCAGAGGCAAGCUUGAGAGAGAGGGAGAAGGAAGUACAAAGGACUUUAGCGACACAUAUGAGGGAUAGAGAUAAAGAAAGGGAGCAACACAAACGGGACGAGGCUAUUCAACAUUUUAAUGCUUUAUUGGCCGAUUUGGUGCGUAAUCCGGAACUGAGUUGGCGCGAAGUCAAACGCAUUUUACGAAAAGACCAUCGUUGGGACUUGGCUGAUUCGUUAUCACGAGAAGAUAAAGAAAAGUUGUUUAACGAACACAUUGAACAUUUGUUAAGAAAGAAAAGGGAGAAGUUCCGCGAGUUGUUAGAUGAAACUCCGGAUGUUACUUUAACAAGCAGUUGGAAAGAAAUCAAAAAAAUUAUCAAGGAGGAUCCCCGGUACACGAAAUUUGCGUCAAGCGAACGGUGUGAACGUGAGUUUAAGGAUUAUCUCAAAGAUAAACUUAUAACAGCAAAAGGACAAUUCAAAGAGUUGCUACAAGAAACAAAACUUAUCACACAUAAAUCGUUAUCUAAUCUCAGAGAGAAUCAAGGAUUUAUGCAAGAAAUCGAGGAUAUAUUAAAGAAUGAUAAGAGAUAUCUUGUUUUGGAUCAUAUUCCGCAAGAGAGGACUCAAUUGAUUUUGAAUUACUUAGAAGAACUUGACAGAAGGGGACCACCUCCGCCACCCACAGCUAGCGAACCUAAUAGGAGAUCUAUUAAAUAGAGAAUUUAAUUUUAUUGUAUUUAUUGUAUUGCUGAAGUUGUGCAUUUUAUUGCAUUAGUAGCUCCCGUUGUAGUAAUUUUGAACUGAAUGUGUUAAACCAUUAAUUAAAUUUGAUUUUAUACUGUAAUAGAAAUAAAAAUUGCGUAUUUAAA